AUGGCGUCGCGCAAGCGCAAGGCGCUUUCCCUUGAGGAAAAGCUGGAUGCUCUCAACGCAGUCGACAGGCAGCCAGCGCGGAAAAGAGUCGACAUCGCCAAGGACCUUGGUCUGCCACCCUCGACGCUUAACAGCAUCGUCUCGAAGCGUGCCGAGAUACAAGGAAAUGCCGCGCUCUUAGGCCCGAAAGCUAAGGAGGCUCGUGGCGCCAAGUAUGGAAACCUCGACGAGUCACUUCUUACUUGGUUUAAACAAGCUCGCGCUGCCGGUGUUAACUUCGACGGCAGCAUUUUGCGCGAGAAGGCGAUGGAAAUAGCCGACCGACUGGGCAUCAGUGACUUCGCGGCGUCAAAUGGCUGGAUCGACCGUUUCCGGAAGAGGCUCGGCAUCACGUAUAAGACGGUAUCCGGGGAAACAGCAAGUGUAAACUUGUAA